AUGGACAACGCGCCAUACCACUCGGUAAAGCUUGAAAAAUGCCAAACUACAAACUGGAGGAAGGCUGAUAUCGUCGAAUGGCUAGAAAGCAAAGGAGAAGUUGUUGACAAAAGUAUGAUAAUACCGGAACUUUUGAAAAUUGUCAAAAGGAUAAAACCGAUGUUACCGCCUUACCAUUGCGAGCUCAACCCUAUUGAGUUGGCUUGGUCUGUUGUGAAACAUCACGUGAAGUCCAACAACAAAACCUUUAAAUUGCCCGAUGUGAAAAAUCUUUUGGUUGAAGGAGUUGACAAAGUGGACGCUACAAUGUGGAAGAACUUCAUUAGCCACACUAUAAAAGAAGAAAAUAAGUUUUGGACUUUAGAUGACACAAUAGACGAUUUGACGGCUGAACAAGAUAGCAUAAUUAUGACCAUUGGAAAUAGUGACACUGAAGAUGACGAUUUCCAUCUUUUAUCAGAUUGA